UCCAAGAAUCUAUUCUAAUGUACAGCUAAUUAAUAUGUUGAUUCUGUGUUUCCCUGCAGCUGUAUUUUGUUUCAUGUUCAGCGCUUUAGGAAUCACUGCCGGAGCUCAUCGCCUGUGGAGUCACAGAUCCUACAAGGCCUCAUUACCGCUCAGGAUCUUUCUUGGUUUAGGAAAUUCCAUGGCGUUUCAGAACGACAUCUUUGAGUGGGCUCGAGAUCACAGAGUUCACCACAAAUACUCCGAGACAGACGUCGACCCCCACAACGCUAGCCGAGGCUUCUUCUUUGCUCACAUUGGCUGGCUUCUGGUGCGCAAACACCCUGAUGUUAUAGAAAGAGGUCGUAAGCUGGAUCUCAGCGACCUGAUGGCUGACAAAGUUGUGAAGUUACAAAGAAAGUAA